AUGGCCCUACCCGACCCUAUGGAAUACCCAACAUGGAGGGCCAACCAGACCGAGAACGAGACUGUCCAGAGCACAGGAGGCUGCAACUACUCCCAUCGGGCACGCCCACUUACCUUCUGGAAUGGCAGAUCAUCCAGUCCCAUUCCCGGACCCAACCAGAAACAGCCUCUUCCCCAGGAAACGGGGGAGACGCACUGGCCUGCAGGAAAAAGAGAAGGAAUUCAGAAACACCCAGGUGCCAAGAGAGUGAAAGCACCUACUGAGAUGUUCAUUGAUCAGCUCAACAAUGUGCAGGCUCCAGUCGACCUGAGAGACUGGAAUGGUAAACAAAAUGAGCAGUUGGAGCCAAAUGAGCCAGAUCACUUGUCCUCUGGUGACAGCCUGGUAACCUCACAAUUCAGUUUCUCACCAGCAGGCACUCUCUCUCUUGCAUCCUGUCAUCGGCUCUACCUGGAGACUGGCAUCAUGAGUAUUCACGUUAAGGCUGUUCUUCUCCUCUGCGCCAUCGCUUGGCACACCUGCGAAGGAGGCCGGGGGGACGAUGGUGCAAUUGACUGCUGUCUGGACGUCAGUCACAAAGUGAUUCCCAAGCGAAUCGUGGCAGCUUGCAAGGUGCAGGAUGCCUCAAUGGGAUGCCGUAUCUCUGCAGUGAUAAUCACCACGGUGAAGAACAGGAAACUGUGUGCUCCACAGGGCCCCCAGUGGGUGAACAGAUUACUCAAGAGAUGUGAAAGGCAAAAACAGUUGCUAGCAUAAUGAUCUCAAUGACGGACAAUCAAGGUUGAAGUGAAAGACUGUGGAAGUAUUGCGACUCCCGACUGGGACUCCCCGUAGUCUGCAGCAUCUUUCGGCUUUCUCCUGCUUUACUUAGUGACAAACUUUAUCAGGCGAUCCCGGACUAAUGUGAAACUUUCUCCAAGUGGUAAAUGUACCCCUGAACCACUUGUAAUUUUAGAUUCAGUUGUCAGGGAUGUGCAUCACCUCAUCAUUAUCACAUUUUGCAACACUCCUUUUGACCCAUUAGCGGUCGCAAAAAUCUAACAGUCACACUGAAAUCAGUGCAGUUAAGGGACAGUGUAAACGGAAUGUUACUUUUAUUCUAACCCUUGUGGUCCUGUUUUUGAAAUUUCCCCCUGUCAUUCGUAAUUUCUGAGUGCAAAUGGCCAUUUCUUAUUUUCUUUGCACAGAAGACAUCAGUUGCAUUGACUGGGCCAGCAUUUAUUGCCUCAUCCCUAACUGACCCUUGAGCCAGUGGUGGUGAGCUGAACUGAACUCAUCCCCAGUGUCAUACUGACUGAUGGUGAAGUGAGCUGCUUCUAUCAGCAGAUGGUGGAGUGUCUGGUUCCCAAUGGGAUUGGGGUUCGUGGAGUGACACUGAGGUGAUCCUUGGAGCACAAUGUGCUUCAAAGAGCAGGGCAUUUUUUUCACUGAGGACGUGCAAUAAGAGGAGGGUGUGAAUCAAUCUUCCUGAAAGACUCUUUAGCAAUCAGGAAAUCAGGAUUCAAUUUGAAAGCGCAUGAGAUGGAGUCAGUACUCGAGACAAAAGCAUGUCCAGAUAGCAAGCAGAACCUAUAGCCUGGAUAGCUCUGUUGGUUGAGCAUCAGACUUUUAAACUGAAGGUCCAGGGUUCAAGUCCCUGUCCAGGUAUUUGGUUUGCCAGCACCUUGGAUGAGAGUAGCUCACUAAAGCAAGUACCCUUUCUCAGGUCAGUUAAGGAUAGGUAGCCUUCAUUAGCAAUAUCAAUUUUCUGGGAUCACAAUGGAAAUGGAAAUUCAAGUAGGGUUGAUAUCAUGCUGGAUAAAUAGCUCAGUGGUGUUUUCAUAUCCUAAUCAUUUUCAUUUAUUAAGGUACAAUAUUAUGAAGUGAUGCACAGCCUCCCAGCUAAUUAUCUAUAAACAUUGUGCUUAUUGAAUAAAUAUCCUGAUUCCUCAA